GGGAGGCGACGGAAGGGGCGGGCGGUGGAAGGAGGCGCGUGGGGAAGCCAUGGGCCGUAAGAAGAAGAAGGGGCCCGGGGGAGCGGCUUCACGGCUGGUGGUGACUUUCGAUGAGGAGAAGCGGAGGGAGUACCUGACCGGCUUCCACAAACGGAAGGUGGAGCGGAGGAAGGUGGCCCUGGAGGAGAUCAAGAAGAAGCUGAAGGAGGAGCAGAGGAAGAUGAAGGAGGAGCGGCACAAGGAGUACCUGAAGAUGCUGAGCGAGAGGGAGGAAGCGCUCGAAGAGUUUGAUGAGCUGGAGCACUUGGUAACCUCACGGACAGAGUCAGUGAACAUCGACCACCCAAACCACAUUGUAACGGUGACCACCAUCAGUGACCUGGACCUCUCAGGCGCACGCCAGCUGGGACUGACCACCCCUGAGGGAAAAAAUGAUGGUUCAGGAGAAGAGAAGGGAGAAGAAGUGGUGAACAAGCCUGCAAGAACAGUGCCCAAGAAGUCCAGAAACCCCCUCCUGUCUGAAAAGAUCUCUGCUCUUACCGCCACGCUGCACAUGCACAGCCGGAAGAAGUCAAAAGGAAAGCGACCCCAACGCGGGCAAGGCCCACGCCAGAAAAUCGAGAAAUCCACCAUGAGGCGAACCACCAAGACUCAGCGACGGAGACUGACGGGCAAAAUGGGCCGUGACCAAGAUUAACGGAGAACCUGGUGCUUUGAGCGGCAGCUGGGACAGUUUUCUGCAUCUGACCUGCUGCUCUUCGUGGCCUCUUCAUCACGGGCAAGGACCUUGGUUACUCGGCUCUCUGACCAGCAGUGAGCUCAGUUCAGGCCUUCUCUCACCUGAGUGCUGGCCAGGGGCACUAGAUGCUCUACCUAUUUAUUUCUGCAGUGUCUCCAGCUAAUUAUCUGGGUGCCCUGAAGUCUCUAAAAGCUUGUGUUGGAGGUCAGAUUCUCUGUUUGGCAUAACCCUUCUGUCCCUGAGCCUCUCCUUCCAGAGCUGAUACUUGGUUUUAUCAAAGGAGAGGAUCAAGUGCUGAGUGCAGCAGGCACACCACCCUGGCAACUUGUGAAACUAGGAAGAGCUCUGCUUCCACUCAAGCACCAGUGCCUUGGUGUUUCUGCUGUACAGUAAAUCUUUCUUCCAUGAAGACGUGGAA